CCAAGACUUCCAGUUCAGAAGUGAUCUGAAGCCACCUGUGUGUGAGUGAGUGUGUAUCUCUGUGCUCCCACAACAAGGAGGAACCAUGGUCAGCCGGUGAGUGAUGGUUAAUUUAUUUAUGUCUGGAUUCAUGUCUGAACUCUCACGCUGUCAAUGGUCAACCAAUGGUCAACAUUUUUCAAGCAAGUAGACCAUAUUUUAUUUGGAAUAAUGUGUGUUGCUUUAGUCAAUAAAUAGAAAAUAUGUAUGAAUGCAUGCAUUUUGAAUUAUGUUUGAGAAAUUCCUCCUUACGCAAAGCUUUUCCUAUAAACUAGCUUCAGGACAGGGUUGGUUUGACCUUUUAUAGGUUACAGUGGGGCUCUCCAACCCUAUUCCUGAAGAGCUACCUUCCUCUACGUUUUCACUCUAACCUUAAUCUAGUGCACCUGAUUCUAAUAAUUAGCUGGUUGAUAACCUGAACCAGGUUAGUUAGAACUGGGGUUGGAUUGAAAACCUACAGGAGGGUAGCUCUUCAGGAACAGGGUUGGAGAGCCCUGGGCUUCAGUGACUUUAAUAUUUUUUCACGAUAACAGAUUUGAGCACCCUGCUGGUGGAUACAAGAAGAUAUUUGAGACAGUUGAGGAGUUAUCGGAGCCUGUCCCUGCAACAGUCACAGGUUUGUUAACUACAUAUUUAUGUGGUCGUAUGAAGCAGGUUAUGUUAAUUAAUAGAUACACUACAUGACCAAAAGUAUAUGGACACCUGCUCAUCGAACAUCUAAUUCCAAAAUCAUGAGCAUUAAUAUGGAGUUGGUCCCCCCUUUGCUGCUAUAACAGCCUCCACUCUUCUGGGAAGGCUUUCCACUAGAUGUUGGAACAUUGCUGAGGGGACUUGCUUCCAUUCAGCCACAAUAACAUUUGUGAGGUCGGGCACUGAUGUUGGGUGAAUAGGCCUGGCUCGCAGUCGGCGUUCCAAUUCAUCCCAAUGGUGUUCGAUGGGGUUGAAGUCAGGGCUCUGUGCAGGCCAGUCAAGUUCUUCCACACCGAUCUCGACAAACCAUUUCUGUAUGGACCUCGCUUUGUGCACAGGGACAUCAUCAUGCUGAAACAGGAAAGGGCCUUCCCCAAACUGUUGCCACAAAGUUGGAAGCACAGAAUAGUCUAGAAUGUCUAGAAUUUCCCUUCACUGGAACUAAGGGGCCUAGCCCGAACCAUGAAAAACAGCCCCAGACCAUUAAUCCUCCUCCCCCAAACUUUACAGUUGCCACCAUGCAUUUGGGCAGGUAGCGUUCUCCUGGCAUCCGCCAAACACAGAUUCGUCCGCCGGACUGCCAGAUGGUGAAGUGUGAUUCAUCACUCCAGAGAACGCGUUUCCACUGCUCCAGAGUCCAAUGGCAGUGAGCUUUACACCACUCCAGCCGACGCUUGGCAUUGCACAUGUUGAUCUUAGGCUUGUGUGCGGCUGCUCUGCCAUGGAAACCCAUUUCAUGAAGCUCCCGACGAACAGUUCUUGUGCUGACGUUGUUUACAGAGGCAGUUUGGAACUCGGUAGUGAGUGUUGAAGUAGCUACGCACUUCACUCGGUGGUCCCGUUCUGUGAGCUUGUGUGUUCUACCACUUCGCGGCUGAGCCGUUGUUGCUGCUAGACGUUUCCAUUUCAUAAUAACAGCACUUACAGUUGACCGGGGCAGCUCUAGCAGGACAGACAUUUUACUAACUGACUUGUUGGAAAGGUGUCAUCCUAUGACAGUGCCACUUUGAAAGUCACUGAGCUCUUCAGUAAGGCCAUUCUACUGCCAAUGUUUGUCUAUGGUAAUUGCAUGGCUGUGUGCUCGAUUUUAUACACCUGUCAGCAACGGGUGUGGCUGAAAUAGCCGAAUCCAUGUAUUUAAAGGGUUGUCCACAUACUUUGUAUAUAUAGUGUAGAUUUCUGGUCCAUUCAAUCUGCACACCAUCCUAAAAUGAUAACACAGAAAAAUACACUGCAUCUGCAAAUAAAACACUGUUAUCUUGGAAAUUCAUGUGAAAACAGUACUGUAUCUAUGAUAAACAUUCCCUAAUUGACCUGUUACCUGCUCUAGAUACAAUCACAUUGAACAGUUCAUUGAUCAAUUGUUUGACAAAGGUAUUUUCUCUCACAUUUACAGGUAGGAUUCCUUCAUUUCUGAAGGGAAGUCUUCUUCGUCUGGGCCCUGGCCUGUUUGAGGUUGGAGAUGAGCCUUUCUACCACCUCUUCGAUGGCCAGGCCCUCAUGCACAAAUUUGACUUCAAGAAUGGCCAAGUCACCUACUUCAACAAGUAAGAAUGGAUUAAGAAUGUCAGUUAGAGAUCAGUGGUUAUAUUGCAUUUGAGUCUAAUUAACCUAAUGGAAUUGACAUCCAUCUCUACCUUUAUCCUUUAGGUAUAUUAAAACAGAUGCCUAUGUGCGUGCCAUUACAGAGAAGCGCGUGGUGAUCACUGAAUUUGGCACCUUUGCCUACCCAGAUCCCUGCAAAAACAUAUUCUCCAGGUUGGUAGCUAACCUCCUAAUCAUAUAUGGGUGUAUCAUUACUUUAUCUGUCAUCACUUUUCAUUAGUUGCCUUUAUAUUAGAUGAGUAACAUAGCCGCAGGUUGGCAUUUAUUGGGAUUACUUAUGUACUGGAGGCAGAUCUGUAGGGUAGUCACUAGUUGGCACAGCCACAAAGUCAUACAAUGUGAUUUUAAACCUAAGCCUAACCUUAACCACACUGCUAACCUUAUGCCUAACCCUAACCUUAAAUUAAGACCAACAUUUAUUUUUGCUUUCAUGAAUUUUUACGAUAUAUAGGCAAUUUUGACUUUGCAGCUGGCCUAUCUACUGGAAAUCACCCAGCCCUGCCUCCAGGACAAUAUUCAUCCCAAUAAACAUCAACCUGCAACAUUUUACAUUUGACAUUUUAGUCAUUUAGCAGACACUCUUAUUCAGAGCGACUUACAGUUAGUGAGUGCAUACAUUUUCCAUACUGCCCCCCCGUGGGAAUCGAACCCACAACCCUGGCGUUGCAAGCGCCAUGCUCUACCAACUGAGCUACAGGAGCUACAACAUAUCCUGUAAAUGGUUAUAUUUUCUAGCCAUACAGUGCCUUCCGAAAGUAUUCAUACCCCUUGACUUAUUCCAAUUUUUUUGUGUUCAAAAUUGAUUAAUAUUACAUUUAUAUAUUUUUCCACACAUGUACACACAAUACCCCAUAAUGACAAAGUGAAAACAUGUUUUUAGAAUUGUUUGCAAAUUUAUUGAAAAUGAAAUACAGAAAUAUCUCAUUUACAUAAGUAUUCAUACCCCUGAGUGUUAGAAUCACAUUUGGCAGCGUUUACAGCUGUGAGUCUUUCUGGUUAAGUGUCUAAGAGCUUUGCACACCUGGAUUGUACAAUAUUUGCACAUUAUUAUUUUAAUAAUUCUUCAAGCUCUGUCAAGUUGGUUGUUUAUCAUUACUAGACAGCCAUUUCCAAGUCUUUCAAGUCAUUAAACUCUGUAACUGUUUUAUUGAUACACCAUCCAAAGUGUAAGUCUGCUUUUCAUUUUGACCCAUCUACCAAUAGGUGCCCUUCUUUGCGAGGCAUUGGAAAACCUCCCUGGUCUUUGUGGUUGAAUCUGUGUUUGAAAUUCACUGCUCGACUGAAGGACCUUACAGAUAAUUGUAUUUGUGGGGUACAGAUAUGUUAAACAGUAUUUCUGCACACAGAGUGAGUCCAUGCAAUGUAUUAUAUGACUUGUUCAGCACAUUUUUACUCCUGAACUUAUUUAGGCUUGCCAAAAUAAAGGGGUUGAAUACUUAUUGACUCAAGACAUUUCAGCUUUUCAUUUUUAAUUAAUUAGUAAAAAUGUCUAAAAACAUAAUUCCACUUUGACAUUAUGGGGUAUUGUGUGUAGGCCAGUGACACAAAAUCUCAAUUUAAUUAAUUUUCAAUUCAGGCUGUAACACAACAAAAUGUGGAAUAAGUAAAGGGGUGUGAAUACUUUCUGAAGGUACUGAUCCUUCAUAUCAAUCAAUGUGUAUAUUUUGACUGUUGUUGCCCUGAUCGUCGUUUUAAUGACUCUUGGAUCAAUUUCAAAACUGGUCUGUGGGUGUAUGUUUCUCUGUGCAGGUUUUUCACUUACUUCAAGGGUGUUGAGGUGACAGACAACUGCCUGGUGAACGUUUACCCCAUUGGUGAAGAUUACUACGCCGUCACAGAAACCAAUUACAUCACUAAAGUCAACACUGACACGCUGGAUACGCUGAAGAAGGUAUUACUCUCCUCUUUUCCCCCAGGCUGAAAUUCCAUCCCCCUUUAUUACAGUAUUCACAAUAUACUGUACUAGAAACCACAGUGUAUGUCUAUAUCCUUUGGCCUAAUUCAGAAAAGAACCAGAAGUGUUACAUACUGGUCCACUGAUUAUAGACAGAAGUCUCACUUCUCAAUAACAGUUAUAACAUAUGCUUAAUGCAUAACAUGAUAAUGAGCAACACAUGAAUAACACUAUGACUUCACUUCCCUCAGGUGGACUUGUGCAACUACGUCAACAUCAAUGGAGUGACAGCCCACCCACACAUUGAGAAAGACGGAACAGUGUUCAACAUCGGAAACUGCAUGGGGAAAGGAGCAUCGCUGGCCUACAACGUUGUCAGAAUCCCACCCACACAGAAAGGUUGGGCUUGUGUCCAAAUUGAUUCAAGAAAAUAAGAUAUUCAUUCAGAAUUUAUGCACAUGUUCCAACUCCUAAGAUAGGACAUGUAGGUAACUUGUCCUUAACUUGUUCUGGAUAGGAUAACUUGUAAUAGUAAGGCUUAUGCCCUGAUUGCAUCUUGUGUUCUCUCCUCAGACAAGUCAGACCCCAUUGAAAAGUCCAAGGUGGUGGUGCAGUUCCCCAGUGCCGAGAGGUUCAAGCCCUCCUAUGUGCACAGGUGGGUCAUAAUAACAUCUCCAUCAUGUUCAUAGUCAAACUUGAGGUCCCCAAAACAGCAAGGAGUCUAUCAUGGACAUGCCUCCUUCUGUGUUAUUGGACUAAGCCAUAUAACAACUUACAUUGCAUGCCAACUUAAAUGGUCUACAUAUCACCCUUAGCUUUGGCAUGUCGGAGAACUACUUUGUCUUUGUGGAGACCCCUGUGAAAAUCAACCUGCUGAAGUUCCUCAGUGCCUGGAGCAUCCGAGGCUCCAACUACAUGGACUGCUUUGAGUCCAAUGAGGUUCUUGGGGUACGGAGGCAAACACUCAGUCGACUUUGGUUUAAAGUGACAUAUUUAUAUUCAGGACCAUUAUGUACGGUAACAUCAUACCUAGUCUCGACACCCAGAACCAAAUCACACGUGUGCUGUCACAACAGACUUCAGCAUACCACACAUUAUCGUCAAACCUAAUAACCUUUUUACCAUACAUUUCACAGACAUUGUUCCACAUCGCCAGAAAGGACAUUGGAGGAGGACAAGGAGAAUACAUUGACCAUAAGUUCAGAGCCGCUCCCAUCAACCUGUUCCAUCACAUCAACACUUAUGAGGACAAUGGCUUCAUCGUGGCUGACGUGUGUACAUGGAAAGGGUAAUGGAACAGCUAAACGUUGUCUCUGUCAUAAGAUGGCAAUGUCAAUACAGUGGCAGAUUUAAGCGUAUAUAAAAAGUGAUGACACAUCAUAACUGACUGGAUCAAUUGUGGACUGAGGGAUCUCAGGAGUGGCAUUCAUUUGAAGUGAGUUGCCUUAGCAAUGUCCUUUUUCAGAAUAAUUGAUGAAUGAUUCCUAGCCCUUGGUCUUUAAACACUGUCUGUUUAAAGGAUCAGGAAACUCAUUCUUUAUGUUUCCUGGUAGGUUUGAGUUUGUGUACAACUACCUUUGGCUGGCCAACCUGCGCUCCAACUGGGAGGAGGUGAAGAAGGCAGCCAUGAUGGCACCUCAGCCAGAGGUCAGGAGAUACGUCAUCCCACUGGACAUCCACAGGGUAAGUCAUUUCUUUGUCUUUAAAAAAAUAUGUUUUUUUAAUUUACAAUUUUUUUCAAAAUGUUUGGACAAUAAAGUGCGUAUGUUUUACCCUGUAUUAUAAUUUUUGGGGAUAGCAAUGUGUAUAUCUGCCCUAACUUAUUCAAACCUUCUCUCAUACUGAUUGUGUGUUUCAGGAGGAGCAGGGAAAGAACCUGAUCUGCCUGCCGUACACCACAGCCACAGCAGUGAUGCGUACUGACGGGACCAUCUGGCUGGAGCCAGAGGUGCUGUUCUCUGGGCCCCGCCAAGCCUUUGAGUUCCCGCAGAUCAACUAUGAGAAGCACGGUGGGAAGAACUACACAUAUGCCUACGCCCUGGGCCUCAAUCACUUCAUUCCUGACAGGGUGAGUAGUCUUGUUGUUUGCCACAAAUCUGUCUUCAAAAUCUCCAAACUCUGAGUAGUGAAUGGCAGGGGCCAUAGCAUGUUACGUGAGUGGCCAUGAGUUUCUGUCUAUAUGUGGUGGUAUAUCAUCAAGUUGAAUGUGAAGACCAAGAUGUGUAUGUUAGACUUUGAUGAAUCUCUGUGUGGCUGUAGAUCAUCAAGCUGAACGUGAAGACCAAGGAGACCUGGGUGUGGCAGGAGCCGGACUCCUACCCCUCAGAGCCCCUCUUUGUGCAGACCCCCGAUGGCGUGGAUGAGGAUGAUGGUAUGUACUGUAUUGUACUGUACUCUUAGUAUACUAUACUGUCACUGUUAUAGGCAUGGUGCAGGGCAAACACUGAUAUACCGCAUUGUUUUUGUGUUAGUGUUUGGAAGAGAGUUUAAGAGACUUUGGGCUCUAUUCAAUCCAUGAUAGAAAUGUAGAGGUAAUUUCCGAUUGAACUGACAUAUGCAGCGUUUACCGUGAAUGCUGUCUCCGAUAAAGCAGGAACAUUGCCUUUAAACUUCAAUCAUGCUGUAAAGCUGAACUUCCGCGAUGCGGAUUGAAUAGAGCCCUUUAGCUAUUUCUCCAGGGAAAAGGCACUUACAUUUAGUAGAAAAAUGCACUCAGCAAAAUUCAUAAAAAUACGAGUUACAGUUACAAUGUGGUGGGCACUGUGUUUUUCUAACAACCAGUGUGUUUUUCCAAUGACCCACAGGAGUUCUGUUGACCGUUGUAAUAUCCCCCGGGGCCCAGAAGUCAGGGUACAUGCUGAUCCUCAAUGCCAAGGACAUGUCAGAGAUCGCCAGGGCAGAGGUGGACUGCCCUAUGCCCGUCACCUUCCACGGAAUGUACAAGAAAUAACAUGUCAACAAUCCUCAAGGCACAAAGACUAGUAGUCACCAUUCCAGGGUAUUCAAACUAACUAAGCAUCAAAUUUAACUCAGCAUUAGAACAAAUAAAUAAACAAUGACAAAGUAUAGGCUACAAAUAACUUGCCUUGUUGUGUCAGCAAAAUGAUUUGAAGUCAUUUAACUUUCUGCAACCUAUGAUUCAGUAUGGUUGAGCAUCCAUUUUGGUGAAAAUGUGCCAUUUCGUUGUAUGAAUGGAACCUGCUGGUAUCAGGGCAUUAGUAGGCUUCCUACAAUUAUUUCUCAGUGAGCCCACAGCAUAACAAGAUCAGCGGCACCUCAGUGACAACACCCUGAUUGGUUAAUACAAUUUUUGUGUCAGUGCUGGAAAUCAAUGAGUUUGUUCAAAGUACCAUGUCUCUUGAGUACUUCAGGGUUGGAAUAAUUAAAAUAUAAUCAAAAUACUGGC